UCCAGGACAUGACGCCAUGUUGUGCUUUCUGCUGCUUCUCAUCGGGCUCAUUGGGCUCCAGACAGAUGAUAAUUCUGAAAGACUACGUGUGCAAAUUACAAUACCGGAGAAAAUACGGUCAACGUUAAGUGGAGGAAUUGAAUCCCAUGUGUCCUACAACAUUGUAAUUGAAGGGAAAACCUACACUGUGAACUUAGUGCAAAAGGCUUUUUUACCUCCUAAUUUUAGAGUUUAUGGUUAUAAUGGCACAGGAAGUAUGAAGCCUCUUGAACAACAGUUUCAGAAUUUUUGCUACUACCAAGGAAUUAUUGAAGGUUAUCCAAAUUCUAUGGUGACCAUUAGCACAUGUACUGGACUCAGGGGCUUACUACAGUUUGAAAAUGUGAGUUAUGGGAUUGAGCCCUUGGAACCUUCAAUUGGUUUUGAACAUGUGAUUUAUCAAGUAAAACAAAAGAAUAAAGGUGUUUCUUUAUAUGCUGAGAAGGAAAUUGAGUCAAGAGAAAUGCCCUAUAAAAUACAGAGUAUAGAGCCACUCUCAGAGUUCUCUCAGUAUAUAGAAAUGCAUGUUGUAGUUGAAAAAAAUUUGUACAAUCAUAUGGGUUCUGAUACAAUUGUUGUCACUCAAAAAAUCUUCCAGUUGAUUGGACUGACCAAUGCUAUUUUUACAUCAUUUAAUAUUACGAUAAUUCUCUCUUCAUUGGAACUCUGGAUAGAUGAAAAUAAAAUCCCAGUAACUGGAGAUGCUAAUGAAUUAUUACACAGAUUUUUAAAGUGGAAAAGAUCUUAUCUUGUUUUGCGUCCACAUGAUAUGGCAUUUUUACUUGUUUACAGAGAAAAAUCAAAUUAUGUUGGUGCUGUCUUUCAAGGGAAGAUGUGUGAUAGCCAGUAUGGAGGAGGUGUUGCUCUGCAUCCCAGGACCAUAAGUCUGGAAUCACUUGCAGUUAUUAUAGCUCAAUUACUGAGUCUUAGCAUGGGAAUAGCUUAUGAUGACAUUAACAAAUGCCAGUGCCCAGGAGCUGUCUGCAUAAUGAACCCAGAAGCAAUUCAUUCCAGUGGUGUGAAGAUCUUUAGUAACUGCAGCAUGGAGGAUUUUGAAAAUUUUAUUUCAAAGCCAAAGUCCCAAUGUCUUCAAAAUCAGCCACACUUAGAUCCAUCAUACAAAUCUGUGGUUUGUGGUAAUGGACAAGUGGAGCAAGGAGAACAAUGUGACUGUGGGAGUGCAGAGGACUGUGCUGCUAACCCAAACACAUGUUGUGAUCAUGCCACAUGCACACUAAAAGUUGGUUCAACUUGUGAUACUGGUGAAUGUUGUGAAAAUUGUCAAUAUUCGGCAAAAGGAGAAAUAUGUAGGCCUCCCUCUGAUGAAUGUGAUCUCCCUGAAUAUUGUAAUGGAUCAUCUGCAACAUGUCAAGAUAACUUUUUUGUUCAGAAUGGGCAUCCAUGUGGAGAGAAUCAAUGGCUUUGUCUGAAUGGAAGUUGUAUAAGUGGGUUAAAACAGUGUAUGGAUUUAUUUGGUGAAGGUGCAGAUUUUGGUCCUGAAGAGUGUUAUGCUUACCUUAAUUCUAAGACUGAUCAAUCUGGGAACUGUGGUUCAGGGCCUUCAGGAUACACACAGUGUAAACCUAAGGAUGUGCAGUGUGGAAAAUUAAUAUGUGAAUAUAAAAAAGAAGAAAUAAUUAAUAUUCCAAAUGCCACUGCUAUUUAUGCCAACAUAAAUGGACACAUAUGUGUUGCAUUGGACUUUCCACCUGAUUUUAUAGUUGGCAAAAUGAUGUGGGUAAAAGAAGGAACCGUUUGUGGUAAUAAUAAGGUUUGCAAGAAUCAAGAAUGUGUAGAUGCUGGAUACUUGAAUUAUGAUUGUAAUCCAGGAAAAUGCAAUGAUCAUGGUGUAUGCAAUAAUAAAAGGAACUGCCACUGUAACCCUUCAUAUUUACCUCCUAAUUGAGAAAAUAGUGAUGAUACUUGGACCGGUGGGAGUGUUGACAGUGGAAAUUUUCCACAUCAAGCAGCCACUAGGCUAUCCAGUUCUGAAAGACACUACAUUGAAACUUUUUACCAUUCCAAACCGACAAGAUGGUCAUUUUUCUUACUCAUUCCUUUUAUCGUUAUUCUCUGUGUACUGAUUGCCAUACUUGUAAAAGUUUAUUUCCAAAGAAACAAAUGGAGAACUGAGGAGUAUACAAGCGAUGAGCAACUUGAAAGUGAGAGUGAACCUAGAGAGUGGCCAGAAAAACAGGAUCCAUCAUAACACAACUAAUUAUCUUCGAUGGACAGGAAAAA